GAACCAAAAGGGGUAAGAAAUGGUGGUUUGACUUAGAUAGCUAAUUACAAAUGUGUCCCUUUCCUGAAGAGAUAUAAGAGCAAUAAUGCGUUUUCUGCAUCCAUUCAUUGCGAGAAUCUCAAAUUGAAGACAGACACAGUGCAGAUCUAUUUUCCUCCUUUCUCAAGAAUGGCGGAACACAUUCCAUUUGCUGUUGCCUCUAAUCUCGUUCACAGGUUGGCUUCCGCUGACUUUCAUGAAUUUGGACGGAAGUACGAUGUGACGGAAGAGUUGGAAGAGCUCAAGAACACAAUUGAAUCCAUCAAUGAUGUGCUCCUUGAUGCUGACGAUAAACAAGAACAAGCUCGUGUGCGAGUUUGGAUUAGAAGGUUCAAAGAAGUUCUUCAUGUUGCAGAUGACUUCUUAGAUGACCUUGCUAUCGAAUUUAUGAGACAUAAAUUAGACGAGGAACGACGAACAGAAGUGACAAAGGUACUUUAUCCUUUCUCAUCUUCAAAUCGAAUUGAUUUUCCCAUUCAAAUGGCUGAAGAAAUUAAAAGAACACGUGAAAGUUUUGAUGCUGUAGUGAAAGACAUGUAUAAAUUGAAUUUAAGCCCAAGAUCAGGGGCGGUUAAGCAAACUAACAGUGAAUGGAGGGAAACAUGUUCUUUUGUGUUGGAAUCAGAUAUCAUUGGACGAGAUGAUAGUAAAAAAGAGAUUAUAAGUCUGUUGAAACAACCUUGUGAAAACCGAAAAGUUUCUGUGAUUGCCGUUGUUGGCCUUGGGGGUUUGGGAAAGACAACUCUUGCACAGUUGGUGUAUAAUGACUUGGAAGCGCAGGGAUUUUUUGAAAAGCAAAUGUGGGUGUGUGUCUCAGAUAACUUUGAUGUGAAAACUAUUCUGAAGAAAAUAUUAGAAUCAAUUACUGAUUGCCAAAGACAAGACCAAUCAUUAGAGAAGAUGCAAAGAGAGCUUCAUACAAAUUUAAGGGGUAAGAAAUAUUUGUUAGUCCUGGAUGACAUUUGGAAUGAGAGGCAUGACAAAUGGGCUGAGUUGAGAAAGUACUUGAUGUGUGGCGCUCAAGAUAGCAAGAUUUUAGUGACAACUCGAAGUGAAAAUGUAGCAAAGGCAACUGCCGCUAGCACUUCCUAUCCUUUGAAAGGUUUGACUGACGAAGAAUCCUGGAGUUUGCUGAAGAACAUUGCAUUUGAGGAUAAUUCCAAAGGAGUGAAUCAAAAUCUAGAAUCAAUGGGGAAAGAAAUAGCCAAAAAAUGUAAAGGGGUUCCGCUAGCAGUUAAAACGCUGGGAGGCCUGUUACGCGAACAAAAUGAAGAAAGUGAAUGGGAGAAUGUUUUACAUGGUGACUUGUGGAAACUAUGUGAAGAGCAAGACAGUAUCAUGCCAAUUCUAAAACUCAGCUACCAAAAAUUGUUGCCUGAAAUGAGACAAUGUUUUGCUUAUUGCUCUUUAUAUCCCAAGGAUUGGAAAAUUUAUAAAGAUGAGUUGAUUCAGUUAUGGAUGGCACAGGGUUACCUUAAAUGUCCAACUGAAAAACAGAACAAGGAAGAUAUUGGUAACCAAUUUGUAAAGAUGUUUUUGAUGAACUCAUUUUUUCAAGAUGCAGAAAGUGAUGAAUAUGGUGAGAUCUAUCGUUUCAAAAUGCAUGAUUUAAUGCAUGAUCUUGCAAUGCUUGUUGCUGGCAAUGAUUACUGUUACUUGGAUAGUAAAGUGGAAAAAGUUGAAGGGAGUCCCAUGCACGUAUCUUUGGAAUCCAAGGCCAUUCAUUUAUUGGAUUCAUUGGAUAAAAGCAAACUGCGAACUUUGAUUUUCUGGUCCGACACUGAGCAGGAAUUGUUUGCAAAUUUCAAAUACCUGCGCGUCUUGAAGACGCCAUCAUCCACUUUUUGCAAAUUGUUUGGUUCGGUUGGAAAAUUGAAGCAUUUAAGAUAUCUUGAUAUUGUUGGUGCUUAUUACUCUUUGAGUGGGGGGCCAGUAGGGUUGGGAAACCUGUGCACGUUGCAAUUCUUGUCAAUCUUUGUUGUGGGAGGCCAAAAAUAUUGCACACUAAAUGAAUUGAAGGACUUAAACUUAAGAGGCAAAUUAAUAAUUAAUAAUCUCUAUCGUGUCAGAGACGUGGCUCUGGAAUCACAGGAUGUAAAUUUAAAAGAAAAAAAUUCCCUUCAACACUUGAUUCUGGAUUGGUUUGAUGAAGAGCAAAGAGAUAUCCAGACAAGUGACAGCUUACAAUUAUUAGAAAACCUUCAGCCCCACCAUAAUCUUAAGCGAUUAAAGGUGAAUCAUUAUCCAGGCGUGCUUUUCCCAAGUUGGCUUUCUCUCCUCACAAAUAUUGUUGAGAUCUCUUUCUGUAAGCUUUAUAAUUGCCGCUGUCUCCCACCAUUGGAAGGUCUCCAGUUCCUGAAAUCACUUGAGAUAGUCUCUCUUGAUGAAUUGGAGUACAUAUAUCUUCGUGAAGAUGGUUCUGCAUUAACCUUCUUCUCCACUUUGGAGAACCUCUCAUUAUGUGGUUGUGAGAAGCUUAGGGGAUGGCGGAUGCUGGGAGAUGAUAUAAAUGAUUCUGAGAAUUCACAUCAUCUCUCUUUACUUUCAUUUCCUCGUCUUUCUCACCUAAAAGUCACUUGGUGUUCAAAGUUGACUUGCAUGCCUACUUUUCCAACCGUUACGAAUUUGUUUAUGGGGCAAUGCAGUGUGGAGCCAUUAACAGCAACACUAAACACAACAGAGUCAACAUGUUCAGCUGACUCAUCUUCCUGCGCUGCUCCUCUUUCCAUGCUCAAACAUUUGCACAUUUCCGAUUCCAUGAAUUUACCAAAGGGUUGGAUGCAAGAUCUGACUUCACUUGAGUCUCUUCGACUGGUAUUCUGGGAAAGUGAAACACUUGAGGAAAUUGAAACUCAGUUAAAAGACACCACCAACUGCCUUCCCAAUCUGCUACGAAUCACCAUGGAUUGGUGUCCGAGUCUAAAGGCUUUGCCAAAAUGGAUUUGCAACCUCUCAUCGCUUCAGCGUUUCGAGAUCUUCGAUUGCCCAGAAUUGGCAUCGCUGCCCGAAGGAAUGAGUCGUCUUACCAGCUUAAAGACCUUUGAGGUGGCGAGGUGUUCCCUUUUAAUUAAAGAAUGCAGAACAGAGACAAGUGCUGUUAGUCGCCAAAUCGCACACAUCCCACAAAUUAUCCUUCGUGAUGAGUUUUUAUAAAGAUAUUACAUUUCAGGGCUUGCUGAAUAGAACAAAUGCAAGCGUGUUUAUAUGUUGAAGCAGCAAGCUUGAUUCCUGGCCCUUCAUUCAAUAUAUUGCCUUGAAUGUAUUUGGAUUUCGGAUAAUUUGCUUAUACUAAGAUCCUCAUGUUCUACUAAGGUAACUGUUGGAUACUCUCAAUUUUGGAGUUUGUUGCUUAAUCUCAUUAAAAGGACAGUGUGAAAGUCUUAAUUAAUGUAUAACAACAACUCAACAUCUCCUUGUGAAUGCUGCUUGAAGGAGUACAUUCUGCUUGAACUUCUACCCUUUUCAACAAACAUGAGGUUGAGUUGGUUUGGGGAGUAGGAUCUGUGCUGAUAUUCUUCUUGAGACACUACUAGCUUGCUCUUUCGGAAAAAUUAUGAAGUCAUUAUGUGCCACUUGGACAGGUCAAUAUUGCGGAUUGAUGAUUUGUUUCAGUUUUCUCUUACUGUGGAUACUUUGGAGUCCAUGUACAAAAAUUUUCUUAUUUGAAUUCUGAGCUGUUAAUUAAUUUGUAUUAGUAGUUAAUUACUAACAAAAUAAUAAUCAAAGUAUCAAUGUAUCCCAUAAUUUAUAUAAAAAAAAAAUUGUAUAUAUGAUUGCAUUUCGUUUAAAACAAGGAAAAUUUUAAGAGACAACUAAAACUAAAUUUUGGCUACAUGUUCAACAGACUAUUAUUCAUUCUUGUUUUUCGUUAUUUGUUAUGAUUGGUGUUCUGCUGUUCAGUAACAAUAAAGGAUGUCUUUUCCCCCACCUUAAGUGCCUCUUUUAUACAAAGAAUGCUUCUGGUUGUUGUUGCUGUUGUAGCUU